AUGGAGCGCCACGGGGGGUGGUGGCGGGUCAAGAUGGAAACAGACGAGCUGCCGGGCUUUUGGCUGCCGCCCCCCAUCGUGUCGUUUGAGGAGAGCCUUGUGCGGCGUUUUAGGGCCUACCGCAAGCAGCUCUACUACACACUCAUGUGGCGGGGAGUUGCGGCAUGGCCGGCGGAGCUAGGAGUGAGCAAGGAGGAGGCAGUGGAAGUAGCGGAGUGGCUGGAGAUGGAGUUGCAGAUCCAGGGCCCCACAGGGGCGGCGAGGGCGCCCAAGGCGGCGAGCAAGAUGGUGGUGGGGGAGCUGCGGCAGGAGCUGGCGGGGCAGGGACUUCCUACGGAUGGUAACAGGGCUGUGCUUUAUGCCCGUGUGCAGCGUGCGCGAAGGCUUAAUAAGGCGUUGGGGAAACCGCUGUGGACGCCCCAGACCAGAGAACCCGUCAUGCAGGCAAGUGCGAGAGUGGAAUAUCUGUUGGAGCACCUGACCCUGGAUGGCACGGCAGCAUCGUGGCCCCAGGAGGAGGGCGUGCGGGGCAAGGGCGGGCUGCUCACGUCCCAGCUGGUGGGCGGCGCUGCGGGCGGCGGCGGUGGGAGCGCAGCAGGCAGAGCCAAGGCCAAGUCGUCGGACCUAUAUGACGAUGAGGACGAGGGGGAGGUGCAUGCAGCAGCACCGGCCAUCCUGGCGGGGUCAGCAGCGCAGGCAGCAGAGGAGGACGAGGAGAUGCAGGCGUUCCGCGCAGAGGAGGACCUCAUACCGCUCUCCACCACUCUGGACGGCAUCUUCACCUUGGAGGAGCGGUGGGGCCACUGGUGGGAGCGGGCGGACAAGGAGAGAGUGGUGCUGCCGUGGAGUGAGAGGAUGGAGCUUGACAGCGCUUGGAGCAUCUUUCAACUGGUGAUUGAGCUGGGCGGUGUGCCGGCCCUGGCGGACUGCUGCAUGGUGCUGUGGGCAGCAGUGGAGGGCAACGACUGUCGUAUCAUGCACGGGGUGGUCGACAAGUCACACAAGAUUGGUCACACGUUCGGCAUCAACCUCUACAAGACGGUGGUCAACACGUGCCUUGGGCUCCUGGAGAUUGACACAGCAGUCGCAAUCUUGGAAGAUAUGCAGCAAGCAGGUGUCCAACCAGGUGAUGACAUGUGGCAGCAUGUGGAAGAGGCACGCCGGGUGGCGGCUGAAAGGGUCGUCGAGGAGCAACGGCGGCGAGAGGCCGCUGAGGUGGCGGCUGCGGAAGCAGCAGCUGCUGACGUGGCGGCUGGUGCCGUGACUGGUGAAGUCCUACCAUUCAUUCAAGGCGAGGAGAGGGGAGCUGACGGGGGAGAAGCAGCCAUGUAUAACGGCAUAGGGCUUCAGACGGCCCGCGGGUCCGGCACCAACGGGUACGUGCAGGCGAACAAAUUCGCGAUUCGCCACCGGCACACGAAGUUCGAGGCGAAGGAGUUCCAGGAAGGUGCAGGAACGGGCGGAAUCAGCCGCAAGGCGAACAAAGAGAUUCUCGAGCAUGACCGGAAGCGACAGAUCGAGCUGAAGCUGCUGCUGCUGCGCGAGACGCUGGAGGAGCAGGGGUACCUGGAGGAGGAGAUUGAUGAGCAGAUGGAGCAGGCCCGCGCGCAGCUCGAGGCCGCCAUGCGCGAGGAAUCGGAGGACCAGGCGCUAGAUUCGCUAGGGAACCAGACGCAUCAGAUCGUGGCGCGCAAGGAGAAGAAGAUGGAGACGCUCAAGGCCGCUCUGCGCAUUAACGAGUCUGCUAAAGAAGGGGACGCGUUCGACCGCGAGCUGCAGGAGCAGCGGCGGCAGGAGCGCCAGCUGGCUCGGGAAGAGGCGGAGGAGGCGCGGCGGCGGGAGGAGAAGGAGCGGGAGAAGGAGGAAAGGCGGAGGGAGAAGCAGAGGCGGAAGGAGGAGAAAGAGAUGAAGAAGCGGCUAAAGAAAGAAGAGAAGGCGCGGAGGCGCGCGGAGGAGGAGGCGGCGGAGCGGGAAGAGGAGAUGAGGCGGAAGGAAAAGAAGGCGCGGAAGCUCCGGGAGGCGGAGGAGGCGCGGCGGGCGGAAGAGGCGCGGGAGGCGGAGGCGCGGAGGGCGGAAGAGGAAGCUAGGCGGAGGGAGGAGGAGGCGGAGCGCAGGGAGGCGGAGAGGUUGAGAGGGGAACGGAAGCGGGAGGAAGGGCGGCGGAAGGACGAGGGCGAGACACGGAGGGGGGACGAGAGGAGGGGGAGGGGAAGAGAGGAGGAGCAGGCGGGUGAGCGGAAGAAGCAGCGGAGGGACGCGCGUGCCACUGAUGCUGCGGACGUUGAUGAUGAGGGCGAGGACAGGUGGAUGGCAGGCAAGAGCAUUUCGUUCAAGAAGCGCGGGGUGGUGAGGGAGGAGAGAGGGGAAUCAGAGAGCGAGGAGGAGGAGAGGGGGCGAGAGGGGGAGCGGGAGCGGGGGCGGGGGAGGAAGCCGGCGCAGGAAGAGAGGGAUUCCGAAGGGCGAGGCAGCAGGCAGCAGAGGUCGUUCCGCGCCGAGCCCAAGGACCUCUCGCCCAAUCGCCGCUCUGCCUCUCCCAAGCGCCGCCGCUCCCCCAGCCCCAAGCACUAUCGCGCGCCCAGCCCCAGAGCCGCUUCUUCCCCCAGUCCCCAGCGCUCUCGUUCCCCCAGCCCUGAACGCGCGGCUCCCCCCACGUUCAAGCGCGCCCGCUCCCCCAGCCCCAAGCGAGGCCGUUCCCCCAGCCCUCAGCGGCGCCCAGGAACAGCAUUGUGA